AUGGCGCCUCUAACAGCUCAAGAGAUCAUUGCUCAUCCAGCAUAUGACACUGUGGAUUGGAAACUCCCUCCCACAACCUCGGGACGGGCCCUGGUGGCUCAGAACAGGCGCGGUGGUCCGAUCAACCUCAACUAUGAGAUCCAUGGCACGGGACCCGUGAAACUAGUUGGGAAGUACGAUGCUAAUGCCAACCAGUGGAUUAUGGGCCUAAAUGCCACCCUGAAAGACUGGAAGCGCCAAACCAAGUACUUCGGCCACCUCAACGGCUCGAAAUACUCGUGUCUUGUCUUCGAUAAUCGCGGCGUAGGCCGCUCCGACAAACCCACCUGCUUCUACUCAACAAGCGAGAUGGCUCGCGAUGUCGUGGACCUCGUCAGCUCGCUGGGCUGGAUCGACAUGAAAGCUCCCGCGACACGCGCCAUCCACGUCAUCGGCGCCAGUAUGGGCGGUAUGAUCGCUCAGGAAGUCGCGAUGCUCAUUCCCGACCGGCUCGCCAGCCUGACGCUCUGCUGUACGGCUCCGCGACUCGUCCGCACAACACCCUUCUUCGAGAACCUGCAGCAGCGUGCAAGCAUGUUCAUCCCGCGACAUGUGGACGUGGAGAUUGACCGCAUCGCGGCGACGCUGUUUGCGAGUGAGUUUCUGGCGCAGCCCGAUACGGAGAAUGAGGAUCCUGCGUUGAAUUUUCCGACGAAGAGGGAUCGAUUUGCGGCGGGGCAUUUGAGGAAGAAGGCGGAUACAGAGUCGUAUACGCCCAAGGGGUUCUUAUUGCAGGUGACUGCUUGUUACUUUCACCAUAAGUCUGCGGAGCAGUUGAUGGCGCUGGGGGAUGCAGUGGGCAGGGAGCGGAUUCUUAUUGUACAUGGGACGGAGGAUCGAAUGCUUACGUUUCGUCAUGGGGAGCUUUUGAGAGAGGAGAUUGGUGAGGGUAUCACAUGGAAGGUUUUUGAAGGAGCCGGGCAUAUGUUGGGAUGGGAGACGGAGCAUGAGAUGAAUGAGUCGAUACAGGAUUUGGUGGACCGGUUCAGUUAG